UACCAAGGUUGCGCGGUGCGGCCAUGAGUGGCGUUGACAGCGGCCAGGCGGUCCGGGACCGUCGCCUCGUGCUGGACGUGGACUGCGGAGUGGACGAUGCAUUGGCGCUCAUCCUGGCCCUGAGCCUGCACUCGACCGUCGAGGCCGUCACCUGCGUCGCCGGAAACACCACCGUUCAAAACGUGGUGAAGAACGUGCGCAGAGUACUCGCCGUGUGCGGCAGAAGUGAGAUACCGGUGUAUCGCGGCUGCGACCAGCCGUUGAGUCAACCGCUCGACCUCGCGGACGAGUACCACGGUUGCGAUGGACUCGGAGGAGUUUCGGACCAGUUUCCCUGCACUGAUGAUGACGUGGAAGAUGAAGAGGACGACGGCAGCGUGGCUGGAAGGCCCGUGCACGCUGCCGAAAGGCUCAUCGAACUGGCACGGAAAGACCCUGGCCAGAUCACGUUGUUGCUGCUGGGCCCGUUGACCAACGCGGCUCUGGCGCUUACGUUGGAUCCGCGAUUCGGGGCCAACCUCAAGGAAAUAUUCAUCCUCGGAGGAAACGUUGAAGGCCGUGGAAACGUGUCCCCCGGUGCAGAGUACAACUUCAAAACGGACCCUGAGGCCGCCAACGUUGUGCUCACGAGGGCCCAGUGCGCCAUCACCAUCGUUCCGUGGGAGGCGGUGGUGAAGUCGCCGAUUCCUUGGGAGGUGUACUCCAUGAUGACGCGGCAGCACACGGCCAAGUCUCGAUUCGUGCGUGCCAUCACUCGCUUCAGCCUGGGCUACUACGACAAGAGUGGCUCCGGAGGCUACGAGGUGGGCGACGCCCUGGUCGUGGCCGCGGUAUUGGCACCGGACUCGGUCGCCUCGGCGCUGGAAGAGCGACGCGUGGCCGUCGAGCUGAGCGGCACGCACACCAGGGGUCAGCUGGUGCACGCGUGGACACCGGACUUGUUGCCUGACGUGAAGCGAACCGUGCGCGUGGUGACGACCUUCAACAAGGAGCGAGUCUCCGAACUGCUCAUGCGAAUGGUCGUAUGACCGCGGCAUUCGCAUGGCCAGACGGUGCUGUGGAGACUUUUGAAGAAAAAGCCGUAGCGCAAAACGAACAACGACGACACAAGAACACGGGGCUGGCGAUAUACACGGUUGUGGCGCUUGUGUCGUCUUUGUUCGUUUUGCGCUACGGUUUUUUCUUCAAACGUCACAAACCAACUCGACCAACAAAACAUUCGACUGAUGCUGUGGAGACUUCAUUUUACAGCGAGAAGUUGAGAUAACGUUAGAGGAUGUCUGCAACGAAACUACACUUCGUCUAAAUUCGUUAAAAGUGAAUAGCAGGUACCACUGACACAAGCUUGGUAAGGCCGCAGGGUUGAAAAGUAGGCGUGCACAGGGUAUUUCAUUAAGGGUGGGGGCCAAGUUUCAGCGCAGCGUCACCCCCCCCCCCCCUGCCCAGAACAAGGUACAAAAUGAAUUCGAGAAUAAAAUGAAGCGAUGACGUGUAUUUCAAGGCGGCCUGUCAUUGGUCGCCCGCUUUCCGGGGGUAAGAAGGGGAAGUAAACAGCUCUUGGAAUGCAA